UCCAGCCCCGGGGCCGCGACCCUCAGGAGCCUCCCUGGUCACCGGUCCCGCCCCGCCAUGCCUAUCCGCGCACACUGCACUAUCUGCUCCGACUUCUUCGACAACGAGCGGGACGUGGCGGCCGUGCCUUGCGGGCACACCUUCCACCAGGCCUGCCUCUUCCAGUGGUUUGACACUGCACCGAGCCGGACAUGCCCGCAGUGCAGAAACCAGGUCAGCAAAAGACACAUCAUCAGUAAGCUGUUUUUUGAUGUUACCCUGGACGAGCAAGCAGCACCGGAUGCUGAGACCUUGCAGAAUGAACUGGACCAGGUGAAGGCCCAGCUCUCCUUGAAAGAGAAGGAAAAGCGGGAAUGCCAGGCUGUUGUGGAUGGGCUGAGGGACACUCUGGAUGUGCGCAACGCCACGAUAGAGUCGCUCCAGAAGAUGCUGGGAGAGACAGAGAUGCUGUGCUCCUCUCUCAAGAAGCAGAUGAAAUUCCUGGAGCAGCAGCAGGAGGAUAACAGAAGUUCAAAGGAGGAGGCUCGCCGGCUGCGGAACAAGCUGAGAACCAUGGAGCGGAUCGAGCUGUUGCUUCAGAGCCAGCGCUCGGAAGUGGAGGAGAUGAUCAGAGACAUGGGAGUCGGGCAGGCAGCGGUGGAGCAGCUUGCAAUCUACUGUGUCUCCCUUAAAAAGGAAUAUGAGAAUUUGAAGGAGGCUCGGAAGAUCUCUGGUGAGAUGACAGAGAAGCUGAAAAAGGAGCUGUUUUCUGUCAAUAAUAAGCUGCAGAAAACGACUUCAGAGUUGGAGAAGACAAAGGAGGAGUUAAAAAGCACACAGAAAGAUCUGAAGAAUGCAGACAAGGAGAUCUUGAGUUUGAAGAAAAAGAUAGACAUCCUGCAGGAUACUCUGAAGGUCCCAUCUGUAACCAGGGAAACACUCAGUCGGCUAGUCUUGGAAAGCCCUGCUCCCAUGGAGCUGCAGCAUCCCAAGCUCCACCGCCCGGCCCACAGCGAUGAGAUCAAUCUGGAUGCCACGUUCGACGUGGCCACCCCUGAACACCAGCCCUGCACAGCUCCCCUCGGCCCUGCAAAAAGGCAGAAGCUGGAUAAAAAGCCGCCUCCUGUGGUAAAUCUGGCGAAGAAAGUUCUGAAGGAAGCAGUGGAGAACGGGGCAGAUGAUCUGGAGGAUGAUGCUCUUAAAGGACUCUUGCCAGCAUUCAUCAGGAACUCUUUUCUCUCCAAGAAGCCAUCUUCGGGUGGUCUGCUGGGUUCCCACAGGAACAUGGGCUCUGUGAGGACAGGCUACGAUGGCAUGGGAGGCAGGACAAAGUUCAUAGAGCCAACAAACCUGGCAGAAAUCCGUCCAUUACCAGUUAGGAACAAAAAGAAGGUCUCCAGGCCAGCAUCUGCCACUCCUGCACUUUCCUCCAGCAGCAGCCAGGCCAGAAUGGACACUUUCCUGCUGUGAGAGCCCCUGACUUCCUGGGAGAGGCUUGGAGAAGAGGCUGCAG